AUGACGACAGUCAACCUUGGGCCGCUCUCCAACUUCUCGCAAUCGCGCUAUGUGAUUCAUCUGUCGGACGGCAAGCGUCUGGUGCUAUUCCGCCUACCGUCUAUCGAAUCGCCAAGCGGGAGAAGUAAAAGUGCAAACGAAACCGAUGACGGCUGGUUGUAUUACGCGAUGGAGGCCGAAUGUCCCCAUGCCGGCGGGCCGAUGCAGGACAGCUCAGUUGACAUCGAAGAUUCGGCCUAUAUCGUGUCAUGUCCGUGGCAUGCGUACGAUUUCAAUGUAGAGACGGGCGAAUCGAGUGUCGGGAUCACGGCUUGCACGUUCCCCAUCAACGUUCACGGUGAGAAUGUGGCGAUGCAGUAUCCUGGAGACAACAUCACCGCCACCAAACUCGAGCCAGUGAGCGAGAAGAUGCGGCUGAAGAAGAACGAGCCAGCAAGCAAAUCUACUGCACCAACCCAGGAGACUUUGCCAUCUGAGCCGGCUCGGUAUCUGGACGAGAAGGCCACACUUUGCGACUGGUGUGCGCACAUCUUAAAUACAUCCAAUCCCGAGCAUAAGAUUGAACUGACGGCACAUCUGUAUGCGACUUUUACCGAGAGGGAGGGCUCGUCGUCUCCCAUGCCGCUGGGACGUGGCACCGUGCCCGCUCCGGCUGAACCGCCUCGUGAUGGACUGACGUCCGUCAAACCUUGGGAGAUGCCGAGAGCAGGAAAGGGAGGCACCCUCAAAAGUAGAAUUUCUAUGCUACACGCCCUGGCCAAUAUUGAACAGUGGGCCAUCGACCUUGCCCUCGAUAUUUGCAUCCGAUUCGCCGCCUUCCAGACGGAGGCAGCGUCGCAAGGCAGCCCUCGGGAGUUGCCCCGGACCUAUUUCCAUGACUGGUUGAAGGUGGCCAACGAUGAAGCCAAGCACUUUUCUUUGCUCCGGGCCCGUCUGGAAGAAAUGGGAUCCUACUUUGGAGCCCUUCCCGUUCACCAUGGUCUCUGGGAAUCUGCCACCUCCACGGCUCAUGACCUCCGGGCACGAAUCAGCAUCAUUGCCCUCGUCCACGAAGCCCGCGGUCUGGACGUCAACCCGAUGACCAUCGACAAGUUCCGCAAGGCCGGCGAUAAGGAAAGCGUGGACGCGCUGGAGAUUAUCCACAACGACGAGAUUACCCACGUCACAACCGGUCACCGAUGGCUUUCGUGGAUCUGCCGGCAGGAAGAAACCGACCCCGUUGAGGUCUUCCGCUCGAAUGUACAGAAAUAUUUCAGAGGCGCUCUUCGGGGACCCUUCAACGAGGAAGCCAGAGCGCAGGCAGGCAUGGAUCAACAAUAUUAUGAAAAUCUGGUUGGGUUGCACGGAAUUGAGGCAGCCUAA